AUGAAGCUUAUAAAACUAUCCUCAACUGCUUUUUUGUUUUCUGUUGCUAUCAUUCUCUUUAAAUCCGGCGUGGAUGCAGCACCUGUUCUCUUCACGAGAGGAACUGAUACUUUCUUCUACAUUACAUUGUUCGUUGAGUUUCUUGCCCUUCUUGAUGUUGCAAUGAUGUGUGGGCCUUUAGGGGCAGCUUUUGUGUCCUUUGGUGGUUUGAGUUGUUUAUUUGGGUUGUUGGCUACUUUUUGUGCUUUGAUGGUGUUUAUUCUCAAAGGUGUCAAUAUUAUUGAAGGGACACCAGUAAUCAUGGGAUUGAGCGAACUAUUUGAAAAUGUGGGUGUUAAACACUUCGACAAAUUUAAUGAUUUGACGUGCGGUAUAUUUGAUUUCAAGGUGAAGUUAUAUGGGAUUAAUGUUGCAAACCAAUCCCAUUUAACCUGCCUUGGGUUUACAACCGGAUCAGACUUAUUUCUUCCAAAAGGCACAACGACUGAAAUUUGUAUCAGUGACUAUGCCAAGGUGAAAUUGUCAAAAGUCGGUAACAAGGCUUCCUUGAAGGAUAUCAGGAAUAUUGCCUUGAAAUUGAAGGGUAGUAAGGUGAAGAAUACUACCCGCCAUCCCCAAAGAUUUAUCAAAUAUUUUGUCGGAGUUUUUAAUGAAGAUUCAGAAAUAGUUAUUAGUGAAUUUAAAAGAGUAGCAGGCAUUCUUUCCAGUGAGUCAUGGAAGAAUGCUACUCAGGGAACCAUGCAGGAGAACUUUUCGAUUUAUAGUAGGAAAGAAGAGGGAAAACUGCUAUAUAGGUUUGGAUUCAAUAAAUAA